AUGGUGAUGAUUAUGGUGGUGGUGAUGGUGAUGAUGUUGGUGAUGGUGAUGGUGAUGGUGAUUGUGAUCGUAAUGGUGAUGGUGAUGGUAAUGGUGAUGGUGAUGGUGAUGAUGAUGAUGUUGCUGGACAAGGUGAUAGCGAUGGUGAUGGUGGUGGUGAUGGUGAUGGUGAUCUUGAUGAUGAUGGUGUUGGAUGAGGUGAUAGUGAUGGUGGUGGUGAUAGUUAUGGUGGUAGUGAUGGCGAGUGUGAUGAUUAUGGUGUUGGAUAAGGUGAUAGUGAUGGUGAUGAUGAUGAUGGUGGCUGUGGAUAAGGUUAUGGUGAUGAUGAUGGUGAUGGUGAUGUUGAUGGUGAUAGUGAUGCUGCUGGACAAGGUGAUAGUCAUGGUGACGUGA